AUGCCGACGACCCGUGAAGCACACGACGGCAGUUCCGGUUGCACGGAACAGGCUAGUCAGCGCGUAAAACGCUUAAGAGCCGCACUUCGCGAGCACUCGACGGCAAUUGAUGCAGUGAAGGACACUGUUGAUGCACAGAAACUGCAGGAGUUUCUCGAUCGGAAUGAUGAGCUUUCAGUGGACGUCGAGGAUGCGGUGGCGCAAGGUCUUCUGUCUGAAGCGUACCUCAAAAUCACGCUACUGGAGCGAGCGUUGGUCGCAAAAGUGAAGACUGGGUUGAGGGUGCUCGAUUCGGACGCUUUUCUUGAGCGUCUGCGAACAAAGUGGUCAGUUUCUCGGCAGCACGGCGUGCCGACUCGAGACACUUACGCUUCCGGAGUGACACUCGCGGAAAGCAUAACCACAGUGCCCGAAACUAGCGAACCCGAGCGCCCGUCAGAACAGGCAGCUGCGAACCUCCGUGACGCCAGCACCGGUGACCUCGUUGUCGAUUUGGACGCGCUCGGCAAGCGAUUCUAUCGGUUUUUUCGAACCGCGCCUGCGCCAACUUUCAUGUUUGGACUGGUAAACCUCUCAACCGAGACGGCGUCGAAUGUUUCAAGUGUUGAACAAACACCUGUUGUACGCGAACGCGCGGCCCGUGAGCGAACCGUUGUUGCUGCCACCGAACGCGCCGAACAGGUCUCGCUCAAUGACGUCCAGGAGCAGGUUCGUACGGACGUUGCAGUGAAGCAGAUGUUCGAUUUCUUAGAAGAACAUGGCCCUAUUGAGUUGUACGACCUUGUACUCGAUACGAGCAGCUUCGGACGAACGAUUGAGAACCUGUUUCACCUUUCGUUUUUGAUUCGUGAUGGAAGGGUAGAGUUGUGGCGUGAACAUGAUCAGUAUAUGGUGAGGCCACUGCAUCGCCACGGCCAAAGUCUGGCUCGCACCGGACAGGAACCUGCGCCUGGUACAGCGGGAGCGGAGCUAGUCGCAGGCAAGCAAGCCAUCUUCCGAUUCGAUUGGCAAGAUUGGAGUGAACUUUGCAUGCAACGACAUGGGAAACGAACGCUCCAACCGGGAACGAGCCCGAACCCGAGUCACAGUAGCAUCGCUGCAUUGUAA